AGUAAGAAGGUGAGUGGUCUGGGAGCCUGCUAGGGGGCAGGCAGCCACUGAGAGCAACCACCACUGCCUCUUAAAACCUUAGGUACUCCUCAUUACAGCUACAAACUGAUAGACAGAGAGCAGGGGAGGGAGACAGUGCUAAGAGAGGGAGAGGGAAGGAGAGUGAGAAAUUGUGAAACAGGGAAAGUUAGAAAAUAAGCAGCCCUGCUUGUGUGCUCACCCUUCCUUGACUGCUGCCUCCCCACUCCACUACCUGAGGCUCACACACACACACACACAGGGAGGUGAUUCAGGGAGCUUAGAGGGCUGACUCUCCAGGGAAGAAGGGAAUUAAACACUUUUGUUUUCAAUCCACCGCGUCUAUACUCAGGACACAAAAAGGGAUUACAGCUUGUACGCCUGCCCACUUGUUUCUCUCUCUUCUCUCUGCAUUUUGUCUUCUCUGACUUACUUUGGAGACUUUGGAUACAACCUUCUUGAAUUGUUGUUUCGAGCUCAGAGAGGCAUGGCACACGGACAAAAGAGCCCCAGGUGGGCAUUAACCCAGGGCUCCUUCAGCUUGGCACUGGGCCUGUCGCUCUUCUCUCUCUUCCUCCUCCUUCUCACCGUCUCGGCUGCAGAUGAGUACGACUACUACAGCUGGCAGUCAGACAACUUCCACAAUGGCCGCUUCUACACCAAGCAGCCCCAGUGUGUGGACAUACCAGCUGACCUGCGCCUGUGCCACAAUGUGGGCUACAAGAAGAUGAGGCUGCCCAACCUACUGGAUCACGAGACCAUGCCAGAAGUCAAGCAGCAGGCGGGCAGCUGGGUGCCCCUCCUGGCCAAACGGUGCCAUGCUGAUACCCAGGUGUUCCUGUGCUCGCUGUUUGCACCAGUGUGCCUGGACAGGCCCAUCUAUCCCUGCCGCUCGCUGUGUGAGGCCGUGAGGGACAGCUGUGCUCCCGUGAUGGAGACCUACGGCUUCCCCUGGCCAGAGAUGCUGACCUGCGAUAAGUUUCCCAUUGAUAACGACCUCUGCAUCCCCAUGCAGUUCACUGGGAACCAUGCGACCCAGCCACCAGUGUCGAAGGUGUGCCCUCCAUGUGACAAUGAGCUGAAAGCAGACAACAUUAUGGAGCAUUACUGCGCAAGUGACUUCGCCCUCAAGAUGAAAAUCAAGGAGGUGAAGAAAGAGAAGGGUGACCGGAAGCUGAUCGCAGCACAAAAGAAAAAGAAAGUGUUGAAGCAGGGUGUGCUAAGGAAGAAGGACCUGAAGAAAUUGACCCUGUACAUCAAGAAUGGUGCCAACUGCCCGUGCUCCCAGCUGGACAGCCUGGGCUCCAACUUCCUCAUCAUGGGCCGCAAAGUGGACCAGCAACUGCUGCUCAUGUCCAUUCACAAGUGGGACAAGAAGAGCAAGGAGCUCAAGUACGCCAUCAAGUACAUGAAGUCCCAUCAGUGUCCCACCUACCACACUGUCUUCCAGUGACGCAACUCACUGUGGUGUUUGCGGAGUCCACAAUGGCCCCCCACGUUCCACCCUGUUCCAUGUAGAUCCUAAUUCUCGUUUCAAUAAUCCAUCCCUGAACCCCAGAUCCCUGCAAAAAUCUGUUACCAGCCCACUACAAGGGGUCGCAGGGUGGUCAAGCUUAUAUUUUCUCAGCUUUAAACAUUGCACACUCUGCAGCUCCAUUCUGAUUAAUAAAACCCCCAAAGAAACCACACAUUUUAUAAGAAUUAGAGUGAUUUUAUUUUCCAAAGAAAACCAAACAUUUUGAUCUUUCCCCUGCAAGUUAAUACAAUCUUCUUUAACAAUUCUACUUUCCUCUUCUGAUAUAGUAGAACCAAUCACUUGUAUGAUAUCUUACAGCAACUUUGUCAAUUAGACAGUAGCAUUAAUAAAUGGGAACCUAAAGAUAUGAGGCAACUAUUGGAGGGAAAAGAUGUUUGACAAUGUAACGAUUAUAGACAGACAGGGUUUGUUUCAGUGUAAAAAGAGCUGAGAGAGAUGAUACGCUAACAGUGUGUGUGGGCUGUACAAUGGGCCAGUGCACACACUGGCACAGAGCUCCCAGGAACAACAUCAAAGCAGAGAAAUGUAGAUGAUCCAUUUAACUGUAUGUUUUAAUAAUGUAAAAAGUAGGUAAUUCAGAUGAAUACUAGAUGAUUAGAAAACUGGGCUUUUUUCUUUUAUCCCUGCUGGGAAAGAAAACCGAUGGAACGAGACAGACUAACGGACUGGAGGAUGAUGCUUCCACUGACUUUGUACAGCACCGUUUUUUGUGGCCUGAAAGAGGGAAACUUGAAUAUUUUUUGCUUUUUCAAUUGGAGAGGGAAGGAGGUUAAGGCAGAGAAGGCAUCUUCCUGAAAACAAGUGGAGAAUAAAAGAGAAAGAAAGAGAGAGAAAGAGACUCUGGACAGAACCAACAAUGUUGGGUUGAUAAGUCUCUGGUACUCGCUGUUUUUCACUAUCACUCUUCAAAUGUUUCUUUUUUUUUUGUACUUAAUUUUUUUUAAUUUGCUUCAGUUAAACAUAUAUUGUAUGAAAGCAGAAAUCAUACAUACAGACAUAGCACCUGAAUUCACUGUCGCAGUAGCAAUAAAGGAUGAAAAUUUAACUUUGACAAUAUUUUCUAAUCAGUUAACCUGUAAGUAGUUCUGUUACUGAAAUACAUCUUUGUUUUACAAAAAAAGUAAAUGAAUAAAAUAUAUUUGAAAUUUUUAUAAAGAA